GCGACGGCAGAGGCCGCGGCCAGAGGAGCAAUAGCAGCAGCCGUGGCGGCCGCGGGGCGGGGCGCAGCGGUCAGCGACCGCGGUCGAAGCUGCAGGCGGCGCAGCGGCUGGAUAAAGAAGCAGAUCUGAGAGACUGACUCAGGGAACAUCAAACAGAUCGCUACAGGUGGAAGAUCUGGACACGGAAUCAUCUGAGUCUUGCCAACACUUGGUGUCACAUGUGAGCCUCCCACAUGUGUGCACUCUCCAUUCCAGCUCUGUGAUUGAGAUCUGCUCUUAUUGACUAGGGGGCAGUUGGGCAGGCAUGCUUCAUUCCUGGAAUUGACAGUCCUUCCAUUUUUGAAUAUACUAACUGAAUAAGCAUUUCUGAAGCCCUGCCUUCUCUCCCUGGCUUCAGCUGGCCUUCAGACAUAAUGAGGAGACUGGCCUUUCGAGGCGCUGGUUGUGCUCUGGUAAAGCUGAAGAAGUUGGAUUCCAUGGGUUCCAAGAGAAGAAGAGCUACCUCCCCUUCCAGCAGUGUCAGUGGGGACUUUGACGACGGGCACCAUUCUGUGCCUGCACCAGGCCCGAGCAGGAAAAGAAGGAGACUUUCCAGUCUUCCAACUGUAGAUCCCAUUGCUGUGUGUCAUGAACUCUAUAACACCAUCCGAGACUAUAAAGAUGAGCAGGGCAGACUCCUCUGUGAACUCUUCAUUAGGGCACCAAAGCGAAGAAAUCAACCAGACUAUUAUGAAGUGGUUUCUCAGCCCAUUGACUUAAUGAAAAUCCAACAGAAACUAAAAAUGGAGGAGUAUGAUGAUGUUAAUCUGCUGACUGCUGACUUCCAGCUGCUUUUUAACAAUGCAAAGGCCUAUUAUAAGCCAGAUUCUCCUGAAUAUAAAGCUGCUUGCAAACUCUGGGAUUUAUACCUUCGAACAAGAAAUGAAUUUGUUCAGAAAGGAGAAGCAGAUGAUGAAGAUGAUGAUGAAGAUGGGCAAGACAAUCAGGGCACAGUGACUGAAGGAUCUUCUCCAAGUUACCUGAAGGAGAUCCUGGAACAGCUUCUUGAAGCCAUAGUUGUAGCCACAAAUCCAUCAGGACGGCUCAUUAGUGAACUGUUUCAGAAACUGCCUUCCAAAGUGCAAUAUCCUGACUAUUAUGCAAUAAUUAAGGAGCCUAUAGAUCUCAAGACCAUUGCUCAGAGGAUACAGAAUGGAAGCUACAAAAGUAUUCAUGCAAUGGCCAAAGAUAUAGAUCUCCUAGCAAAAAAUGCCAAAACUUAUAAUGAGCCUGGUUCUCAAGUAUUCAAGGAUGCCAAUUCAAUUAAAAAAAUAUUUUAUAUGAAAAAGGCUGAAAUUGAACAUCAUGAAAUGGCCAAGUCAAGUCUUCGAAUAAGGACUGCUUCAAAUUUGGCUACAGCCAGACUGACAGGCCCUUCGCACAGUAAAAGCAGCCUUGGUGAAGAAAGAAAUCCCACUAGCAAGUAUUACCGUAAUAAAAGAGCUGUCCAAGGGGGCCGCUUAUCAGCAAUUACCAUGGCUCUGCAGUACGGCUCAGAAAGUGAAGAGGACGCUGCUUCAGCUGCUGCACGUUAUGAAGAAGGAGAGUCAGAAGCAGAGAGCAUCACUUCCUUUAUGGAUGUGUCAAAUCCUUUCUAUCAGCUAUAUGACACAGUUAGGAGCUGUCGGAAUAACCAAGGGCAGCUAAUAGCUGAACCUUUUUUCCAUUUGCCUUCAAAGAAAAAAUACCCUGAUUAUUAUCAGCAAAUUAAAAUGCCCAUAUCACUUCAACAGAUCAGAACAAAGCUAAAGAACCAAGAAUAUGAAACUUUAGAUCAUUUGGAGUGUGAUCUGAAUUUAAUGUUUGAGAAUGCCAAGCGCUAUAAUGUUCCCAAUUCAGCCAUCUAUAAGAGAGUUCUGAAACUGCAACAAGUAAUGCAGGCAAAGAAGAAAGAGCUUGCCAGAAGGGAUGAUAUUGAAGAUGGGGACAGCAUGAUCUCUUCAGCUACUUCUGAUACUGGUAGUGCCAAGAGAAAAAGGAACACUCAUGACAGUGACAUGUUGGGUCUCAGGAGGCUAUCCAGUAAAAAGAACAUAAGAAAACAACGAAUGAAAAUUUUAUUCAAUGUUGUUCUUGAAGCUCGAGAGCCAGGUUCAGGCAGAAGACUUUGUGAUCUAUUCAUGGUUAAACCAUCCAAGAAGGACUAUCCUGAUUAUUAUAAAAUCAUCUUAGAGCCAAUGGACUUGAAAAUAAUUGAACAUAACAUUCGCAAUGACAAAUACACAGGUGAAGAGGGAAUGAUAGAAGACAUGAAACUCAUGUUCCGAAAUGCCAGGCACUAUAAUGAGGAGGGUUCCCAGGUAUACAAUGAUGCACAUAUCCUGGAGAAGUUACUGAAGGAUAAGAGGAAAGAGCUGGGCCCUCUACCUGAUGAUGAUGACGUGGCUUCUCCCAAACUCAAGCUGAGUAGGAAGAGUGGUAUUUCUCCUAAGAAAUCAAAAUACAUGACUCCGAUGCAGCAGAAACUAAAUGAAGUAUAUGAAGCUGUAAAGAAUUAUACUGAUAAGAGGGGUCGCCGCCUCAGUGCCAUAUUUCUAAGGCUUCCCUCUAGAUCAGAGCUGCCUGACUACUAUCUGACCAUUAAAAAGCCCAUGGACAUGGAAAAAAUUAGAAGUCACAUGAUGGCAAAUAAGUACCAAGAUAUAGACUCAAUGGUUGAAGACUUUGUCAUGAUGUUUAACAACGCGUGUACAUAUAAUGAGCCUGAGUCUCUGAUCUACAAAGAUGCCCUUGUCCUACAUAAAGUCCUGCUUGAAACCCGAAGAGACCUGGAGGGAGAUGAGGAUUCCCAUGUCCCAAAUGUGACCUUGCUAAUUCAGGAACUCAUCCAUAAUCUGUUUGUGUCAGUCAUGAGUCACCAAGAUGAUGAGGGAAGGUGCUACAGUGAUUCCUUAGCUGAAAUUCCUGCUGUAGACCCUAACUUUCCCAAUAAACCUCCCCUAACAUUUGACAUUAUUAGGAAGAAUGUUGAAAAUAAUCGUUACCGGCGACUCGAUUUAUUUCAAGAGCAUAUGUUUGAAGUGUUGGAACGAGCAAGAAGGAUGAACCGGACAGAUUCUGAAAUAUAUGAGGAUGCAGUAGAGCUUCAGCAGUUUUUUAUUAAAAUUCGUGAUGAACUCUGCAAAAAUGGAGAGAUCCUUCUUUCUCCAGCACUCAGCUAUACCACAAAACAUUUGCAUAAUGAUGUGGAGAAAGAAAAAAAGGAAAAAUUGCCUAAAGAAAUAGAGGAAGAUAAACUAAAACGAGAAGAAGAAAAAAGAGAAGCUGAAAAAAGUGAAGAUUCCUCAGGUGCUGCAGGCCUCUCAGGCUUACAUCGCACAUACAGCCAGGACUGCAGCUUUAAGAACAGCAUGUACCAUGUUGGGGACUAUGUCUAUGUUGAACCUGCAGAGGCUAAUCUACAACCACAUAUUGUCUGUAUUGAAAGACUAUGGGAGGACUCAGCUGGUGAAAAAUGGUUGUAUGGUUGUUGGUUUUAUCGACCAAAUGAAACAUUCCACUUGGCUACACGAAAAUUUCUAGAAAAAGAAGUUUUUAAGAGUGACUAUUACAAUAAAGUUCCUGUUAGUAAGAUUCUAGGCAAAUGUGUGGUCAUGUUUGUCAAGGAAUACUUUAAAUUAUGUCCAGAAAACUUUCGAGAUGAGGAUGUUUUUGUCUGUGAAUCACGGUAUUCUGCCAAAACAAAAUCCUUUAAGAAAAUUAAACUCUGGACCAUGCCCGUCAGCUCAGUUAGGUUUGUGCCUCGGGAUGUGCCGCUCCCUGUGGUUCGAGUAGCCUCUGUAUUUGCAAAUGCAGAUAAAGGGGAUGAUGAGAAGAAUACAGACAACUCAGAGGACAGUCGAGCUGAAGACAGUUUUAACUUGGAAAAGGAAAAAGAAGAUGUCCCUGUGGAAAUGUCCAAUGGAGAACCAGGUUGCCACUACUUUGAACAACUUCGUUACAAUGACAUGUGGCUGAAGGUUGGUGACUGUGUCUUCAUCAAGUCCCAUGGUCUGGUGCGCCCUCGCGUGGGCAGAAUUGAAAAAGUAUGGGUCCGAGAUGGAGCUGCAUAUUUUUAUGGCCCCAUCUUCAUUCACCCAGAAGAGACAGAGCAUGAGCCCACAAAAAUGUUCUACAAAAAAGAAGUGUUUCUGAGUAAUCUGGAAGAAACCUGCCCCAUGACUUGUAUUCUGGGAAAAUGUGCUGUGUUGUCAUUCAAGGACUUCCUCUCCUGCAGGCCAACUGAAAUAUCAGAAAAUGACAUUCUGCUUUGUGAGAGCCGCUACAAUGAGAGUGACAAACAAAUGAAGAAAUUCAAGGGAUUGAAGAGGUUUUCACUCUCUGCUAAAGUGGUUGAUGAUGAAAUUUAUUACUUCAGAAAACCAAUUGUUCCUCAGAAGGAGCCCUCACCUUUGCUGGAAAAGAAGAUCCAAUUAUUAGAAGCUAAAUUUGCUGAGUUGGAAGGUGGAGAUGAUGAUAUUGAAGAGAUGGGAGAAGACGAUAGUGAGGUCAUUGAAGCUCCUUCUCUACCUCAGCUGCAGACUCCCCUGGCCAGUGAGCUGGACCUCAUGCCCUACACACCCCCACAGUCUACCCCAAAGUCUGCCAAAGGCAGUACAAAAAAGGAAGGUUCCAAAAGGAAAAUCAACAUGAGUGGCUACAUCCUGUUCAGCAGCGAGAUGAGAGCUGUGAUUAAAGCCCAGCACCCAGACUACUCUUUUGGGGAACUCAGCCGGCUGGUGGGGACAGAAUGGAGAAACCUUGAGACAGCCAAGAAAGCAGAAUAUGAAGAGCGGGCAGCUAAAGUUGCUGAGCAGCAGGAGAGAGAGCGAGCAGCACAGCAACAGCAGCCGAGUGCUUCUCCCCGAGCAGGCACCCCUGUGGGGGCUCUCAUGGGGGUGGUGCCACCACCAACACCAAUGGGGAUGCUCAAUCAGCAGUUGACACCUGUUGCAGGCAUGAUGGGUGGCUAUCCGCCAGGCCUUCCACCUUUGCAGGGCCCAGUUGAUGGCCUUGUUAGCAUGGGCAGCAUGCAGCCACUUCACCCUGGGGGGCCUCCACCCCACCAUCUUCCGCCAGGUGUGCCUGGCCUCCCGGGCAUCCCACCACCGGGUGUGAUGAACCAAGGUGUGGCUCCUAUGGUAGGGACUCCAGCACCAGGUGGAAGUCCAUAUGGACAACAGGUGGGAGUUCUGGGACCUCCGGGGCAGCAGGCACCACCUCCGUACCCUGGCCCUCACCCACCCGGCCCUCCUGUCAUGCAGCAGCCAACAACGCCUAUAUUUGUGGCUCCACCACCGAAGACCCAGCGGCUUCUCCACUCAGAGGCCUACCUGAAAUACAUCGAAGGACUCAGUGCCGAGUCCAACAGCAUUAGCAAGUGGGACCAAACCCUAGCAGCUCGCAGACGGGACGUCCAUUUGUCAAAAGAACAGGAGAGCCGCCUACCCUCUCACUGGCUCAAAAGUAAAGGGGCCCAUACCACCAUGGCCGAUGCCCUCUGGCGCCUGCGGGAUUUGAUGCUUCGAGAUACUCUCAACAUUCGACAAGCAUACAACCUAGAAAAUGUCUAGUCACAUCAUUGCGUUUCUUUUAUAGAAGCAUAAAGAAUUGUGGAACAGUAGCCAUUUUAGUUACUGGGGGCGGGGGAGGGGAACAAAGGAUAAUUUUAUUGCAUUUUACUGUACAUCACAUUUUUAUAAGGACACUUUUAAUACUCUAUUUCAAUUUGGUUUUGUUAUUAAGUUGACUUUCUCAAAUACAGUUUUUUUGCAUAUGUUUCCUUCAUUUAAAGCCAGUUCCAUAAUUGGUUGUGUAUGUAGAUUGGUUUUAUAUUUUACUUGUUGCCAUGGGACUUAAACCACCAAAGGUUUUGUCUUGGCGUGGGAUUUUGUUUUUUUCUUCUGUCUGGGCUUUUUUUGUUUUGUUUUGUUAUAUAAAAGAACAGACAAAUGAGGGGGCGGGGGAAAGGUUUACAGAUAGUUUUAAGUUGACAAUGUGAAGUUGAUCCUAGUUUACAUCCUAGAGAGAGGAAUGUAUGUAUGCGUGUUUCAUGUGCCUGAAUACCUUAAGCCACUUGCCGAAAAAGCUGUUCCUUACAGGUAAAGUGAAGUGGUUUCUUUGGAAGAUUGGUUUAGAUUAGAUGUGAUACACUGACUCUGUUAGCUCAGACGCUCACUGCAGAAACCUGAAAUGAGUGCUGUGUCCACCCGCAGCUAGUGCACCUUCUGGCUGACUGCUUAGACAUCUGUGCUGUCAGUGGUCUGCAGAACUGCUCAGCCCUGAGUUGUAUUUAGCCUUGGCAGGUAAGUUUAAGGGUAUGAUCGAUCUGUUUAUACCUUAAUCACUUUAUGCCUAGACAAGUUAGUGAUUUGGAAUUAUACAUCUGUUACACUGAAAAAUGCUGACGUUCAUCUUAAAUGUAUUGAGAUAUGCAUGGCGGUGGUUUAUUUUAAGCAUUAGCACCUAGCCUGAGAAAGGGAGUGUGUACAUGGUUAUGAGUUGCAUCUUGUGCAUAACUCUGAAAGGCAGAUUGCCUACAUAUGCAAAUGUUUUAUAUUCUUUAUCUCCUUGUUAUCAUUGGUGGAACUUUCCCCUAAGUUUCAGGGUUGUAAUUCUCAACCAGGAAAAAUACACUUUAAAAUGCCUUUGAAUUUAGCUUGUGCUUUGGGAUCACAGAAGAAGGGAAUCCUAAUUUAAGAAAAUGUCCAUAAAAAGAUUAUCACAGAUCCAAAACUUUAGGGUUUGAUGACCCUGUCUUUCCGCUGUGGCCCUAGAAUAAACAUCUGGAGGCAGCGUAUGGUGCUCAGAUAGGAGGAAACCAGGCCUUGGUGUUCCACUGGUCUGAUUGGAACCUGAGGUGACUGCAGUGGAACUUCCAGUUUUUGUUGAGUGACUCUCAAAUGAUGCUUUUUCUCCUUUUGAUUUGUCAUGAAUCAGUACCCACAUUUAAUUGCCAUACUUAAUAAAUCAUGAGAGCAAACAAGUAUAAAAUGGAAAGAAAUCUCUUGUCUCUAGAUACUUUAAAUACAGGAGGCCUUUGUAAGUUAAUUGCCAUUAGUCAACCACUGGAUCUCAAUCUGCAUUAAGAAGUAUUUAAAGUAACUUUAAAUUUCAAAAAUGUCCUACAGUAAUAUGUCACUACUUUUUUUGUUAAACUAAUCAGCUAAAUCUUCAGUUGGUUAUUUGAACUGUUGACUCAUCAUGGAUUGUACGCUACAAUCAGAUUCUUUUCUUCCUAUACAUCUUUGAAUUACACCAAAGAACCUGAAACUUAAUUUUGGUUAAAUUAUUUAUUUAUUUCAUGCAUUCAUUUUAUUUCCCUUUGUAAGGUCUGGAUGAAAUUUCCUUGGGGAGCCUCUAGACACUCCUCGCCAUUAGCCACGGGCACUGGAAUCCAGAGCUCCCAGGCUCCCACCAUCCCAGCGCUGUAUGACCAGUAGUAGCCGGGGCUCCCUGAGGCAGUGCAGAACCAGCACAGGGUGCCACCAAGCAGGCCCUAAUUGUUUUGUUUUGUUUUUUUAAGAUACUAUUUAUUUUAGAAUCAUGCUUUUCUAUAUACUAACUUAGGACUAUUAGUUAAUAUUUAGGAUAUAAGAUUUGAGAUCAGCCCUCUUAAAAUAUAAUUCCUGAGUUUAAAAAAAAUACAAAAAGAACUAUAUACUUUUUUUUCCCCAUGACUUUCAGGAACUGUGGCUUAGAAAAUAUGAGCUAAAUAUUUUCAAAUUGUAAGUUCUUGUGGAGAAGAAUUUUGUUUAUAUGGGGGGAGACUUAUAGUUUUAAAAGAGUUGUCAGCCAACUAAUUGAAAAGGUGGUUUUAUUUAACCUGCCUUCCCUUUUCUCUGAAGAAUUAAGGAGGAGGGGGAUGUUUGCUUGUAUAAAAUUCCCAAAUUGGUUUUGAUGACUUUUAGUUUAAGCAUUUCCGGAUCUGAUUAAAACUUGAUUUAUUCUAAUUUCUGUUAUAUCAUCACCUGAGGUUUAAGUGUUAGUCUUAUAAUGUGUAUGUAUUAUAUGUUUGUUCAUCAAAAGCUUUUUAAUCCAAAUAAAAAGAGUUUGCAAAGUGA